ACCCAGUGUUCUUCCAUUUCUCCCCAUUCUCUCUCCUCCAUUUCCUCUUUAUUCUCUCUCUACGUUUCACAGAUUCAGAUCUGAUCGCCGAGAGGAGUCUGAGAUCAGCUCAAUAAUGGCGGUGGUGUCACCUCUUGCCAAAUACAAACUGGUAUUUUUGGGUGAUCAAUCCGUCGGGAAAACCAGUAUCAUUACAAGAUUCAUGUAUGACAAAUUCGAUACAACCUAUCAGGCUACCAUUGGCAUUGAUUUCUUGUCAAAAACAAUGUACCUUGAAGAUAGAACAGUUCGGUUACAGCUUUGGGAUACUGCUGGGCAGGAGAGAUUUAGGAGUCUCAUUCCAAGCUAUAUAAGAGAUUCAUCAGUUGCAGUGAUUGUCUAUGAUGUCGCUAAUCGACAAUCGUUCUUGAACACUGCAAAGUGGAUAGAAGAAGUACGUACUGAGCGAGGCACUGAUGUCAUUAUUGUUCUUGUUGGGAACAAAACCGAUCUUGUUGACAAAAGGCAAGUUUCAAUUGAAGAAGGAGAUGGCAAAGCUCGUGAAUUCGGAGUCAUGUUUAUAGAAACCAGUGCAAAAGCUGGAUUCAACAUCAAGCCUCUGUUCCGAAAGAUUGCUGCUGCGUUGCCGGGGAUGGAGACUCUUUCGUCUACAAAACAAGAAGACAUGGUUGAUGUGAACUUGAAAUCUUCAGGUAAUACUUCACAGUCGGAGCAGCAAGGUGGAGGUUGUGCGUGUUAACGACACAGUUUGUAAUGGGGUUAGUAACUUAAGUUUGUUCAUAAUUUAUGAUUUGUUAGUAACAAGAUAUGAUGAUGGUAUCUUCAAUAUACCCCCCCCCCCCCUUCUCUUUCUUUAUUUAGCUUAUGAUUCUAUAGAUCAAGACAUUCAUGGCUGACAUAACACAAGUUUCUGCUACUUUUUGUUAAUCUUAUUAACAACUUGGUCA